UGAUUUUCGAAAUUAUAAAGAAGAUGUGCACCUCUUGUUCAUGUCAGUCUGAAACAGCUUUAUUCAUCUGCAACACAUGACCAAAAUGAUGCGAACGCGCUGCAAAACCAGCAUCCUUUGGUAUCUGGUCUGCCUCUUGUCCCGCAGCUCGGUAGAAAAAUCGUCAUCAGUUUUCGGAAAAAGAGGUGAUAGGAAGUCUCAAGCACUCGCGGUGACCGGAGGUGACCAUGACCUAGUCGAAUGGCCGCCCGCUUCACCCGAUCCUUUUGACGAGGAAUUUCUUGCCGUGGAUGAAGAAAAUUACGGAGUGGACCAGCUCCUGUAUGGUG